CGCAUGGAGUACGGAAUGGUCAAUCUGAAGACACACUUGUUCGUGUUUUUACAACUGAAGGGAAUAAAUCUAAGGCUUCAUUCGCUUUGGAUGUUGCCUGCAAAGUAUUGCCACUUUAUGAAGAGUUCUUUGAAUCCAGCUAUAUCUUACCUAAGGUCGAUCUUCUUGCUAUACCCGACUUUGCUGCAGGCGCAAUGGAAAAUUGGGGUCUUAUUACAUUUCGCGAAACGGCCCUUUUAUGUGAUGAGAACUCAGCUGCCUCUCAUCGUCAGCAUGUUGCUUUGGUGGUGGCACACGAGUUGGCACAUCAGUGGUUUGGUAAUCUUGUGACGAUGCAGUGGUGGAAAGAACUUUGGCUCAAUGAAUCAUUUGCCACCUAUAUGGAAUAUUGGUCUGUAAACAAAUUGUUUCCUGGCUGGCAUGUAUUUACGCAGUUUGUACACGAUGAAAUCGCGCGAGCCUUUGAACUUGAUUCCUUACGAAGCUCGCAUCCUGUGGAAGUGGAUGUUCAAAAUGCGAAGGAGAUUGAUGAUAUUUUUGAUGCGAUCAGUUACAGCAAAGGUGGAGGUAUCGUUCGUAUGGUCGUUAAUUUUAUUGGAGAAGAUGUCUUCCAGAAGGGCAUGGCUUCUUAUUUAAAGCAUUUCGCAUAUGGCAAUGCGACAACAGAAGAUUUGUGGAAAUUUUUGGGCAAAGCGGCAGGAAAACCGUUGGCGCCCAUCUUGGAGUUUUGGACAGGUAAGCAAGGUUAUCCAUUUCUCACGGUUUCUUCUUUGCGCGACAAACAGAGCCUACUAAUAACCCAACAUCGCUUUCUUGCUACGGGUGACGCCGGUGAGGGAGAGGACGAAACUGUCUGGAAGAUUCCUUUACUUAUUACCACACCAGAAAAUGGUGUUCAACGCGAAGUUUUGGAAGAACGAAAAAAUUCAGUACCUGUUCCACAUCCUUCAUGGGUGAAGGUGAAUAAUGAUCAGUCCGCAUUUUGUCGUGUCUUAUAUGAGGAUGAAGAAUUACUCCAAAAUUUACUUUCUGCUUUGUCGACGAAGAAACUGUCUAAUAUUGAUCGAUUUAGCAUCUUUUCUGAUUAUCAUGCCUUUACUCGCGCUGGAUAUUGCAGUGCGGUUAAGGUGUUGAAGCUUCUUUCAUACUAUAAGGAUGAAGACGACCUCACGGUAUGGCUCUCUAUUAUGGAUUUUGAGACCAAAUUGAAAGUAAUUGUGGCAUCUCAAGGUGAAGAGGCCAUAAAUGCGCAUAACGCUUAUUUUCGAACAUUGUACUCAAACGCCAUAAAAAGACUGGGUUAUGCCUUUGAAUCCGUUGAUGACCAUAAUGUGAUUCAGCUGCGGGCUGCACUUUUCGCACGUCUUGUGGCAGCCGAAGAUGAAGAAACUAUUGCGUAUGCCCUUAAAUUAUACGCGGAACGCCAAAAAACGCCAAUACCUUCAGAUCUGCGGGCUGCUGUUUUUACCGCUUUGUGA